AUGUCUCUUGCGGCGGGCCCAGGACGUGGCGGCGGCUCUGCGCAGCUGCCAGACGAGCUCAAGCUGGUGACGGAGAAACAUGUGGCAUACAUUCAGAGCCUGGACACCCGUAAAGAUGAGCUCGAGUACCAUCUCACCGAACAUCUCCGCAUCAGCGGUAUUUACUGGGGUCUCGUGUCUCUCCAUCUCCUGGGACAUCCAAAUGCGCUGCCACGAGAAGGCCUGCUGGAAUUUGUCUUCAGCUGUUUGCACGAGAAUGGUGGCUUUGGUGCAGCACCCGGACACGAUCCUCAUCUUCUCUACACCGUAUCCUCGGUGCAGAUUCUCGCCAUGUUGGACGCGUUCGAAGAGCUUGAGACGAGAAUGGCGGACGGGAAGAUGAAGAUCGCAAAGUAUCUCGCAGGCUUACAACAGCCAAACGGCACAUUCGCGGGCGAUGAGUGGGGAGAGACAGACACCCGCUUCCUAUACGCAGCUUUGAACGCCCUGUCGUUGCUCAAUAUGCUGCCAAAGCAAAGACCAGCCGAAGAUCCCCUGGUUGAUGUAGCAGCAGCCGCGAGUUACAUCAAAUCGUGCCAGAAUUCAGAUGGUGGGUUUGGUGUUGCACCCGGCGCAGAAUCCCAUUCCGGCCAGGUAUUCACUUGCGUCAGUGCUUUGUACAUUGCGGGCGAGCUGGACUCCUAUCUUGGAGAGGAAGGCAAGGAUAGACUCGCGGGCUGGCUGAGCGAACGUCAGCUGCCCAGCGGAGGCCUGAAUGGUCGACCGGAGAAACUUGUUGACGUUUGCUAUAGCUGGUGGGUGCUGACGGGUCUGGCAUUGAUUGAUAGGUUGCAUUGGAUCGACAAGGAGAAGCUCACCGCCUUCAUCCUGCAGUGUCAAGACCCUGAUCACGGCGGAAUAGCAGACAGACCUGGGGAUAUGGUAGACGUCUUUCACACGUGCUUCGGCACUGCUGGGCUGAGUCUGCUCAGCUAUCCUGGACUGCUGGAAGUUGAUCCUGCUUAG